AUGGUGCACACUAUGUUUACUGACAUAGAGGGCUGUGUUAUAAUUAAUAAGGGUACUUCUAAUGAGGAAGGUCGUCGUGUUAGACCAACCGCUUCCGCACAGGAUGAUGGAUAUCCUGGUGGUCCGGUUGACAAGUAUGUGCUUAGGAAAUUUGAUGAUCAUGUGGCCACUCGACUUUGGGAUGGCGAGGAUCGUGGGGAAUUAAGAGUAUUUAGCAACAACAAAAAAUUAAAAGAAACUGUGAUUGAACACGAACAGGUGGAACAAUUGGUUAAGAGUUAUGGAUUAUAUUCUUUGCUAAAAUGCAGUUAUAAAAUGAUAGACAAAUGGAUCAUUUAUGUCUUCAUAGAGAGGUGGCAUCGUGACACCAAUAACUUCCAUCUUCCAAUUGGGGAGAUAACGAUUACUUUGGACGAUGUCUCCUCUUUGAUGCAUAUCCCCAUCACCGGUGCAUUCUUUAGUAUUAAUGUAUUUAACAUGGAUGAUGGUGCAAUUAUAUUGACUGAACUUCUCGGAGUCACUGUGGUUGCUGCUUAUGCAGAAUGUAAUGUCACACGAACAACCACAGUUCGAUUUAGUUGGUUACUUGAAGUAUACCAUCAGCCUUGUCAUGAACUGCAUUGGCAGAUGGCUGCGAGGACAUUUUUUUUGGGAUAUGCAUGGGAUGCUGCUGCUCUUGCUUACCUCUAUGAUAAUCUCUGUGAGCAAUUUCUGGAUUGUUGUAGACUCUCUCCUAAUUAUGUUGAUGACUACUCUAGAGCACUUAGAUGGAAGCCAAAAAGGGAUAAGGGUUUGAUUAUUCCAUUUAGGAAAGCUCUUGACGAGAUUGACUUUGAUCAAAUAGGUAUUUUGUCAAUACGGUCAUGUCCAAAGCAUUCUUGGCUCACCGUUAGAGAUAAUGGGUCAGGUGACCACACCAGAUGA